UGGCUCCAUUCUGUUGUUGUCUCAGGGGACAGUGGGUCUGUGAGUGCUGCUCCUCUUCUCCUCCCCUCUCCACUCUGUCUCUCCUCCCUCUCCUGGGUCCAGCUCGACACCUGCUCCUUGCAGUAGGCGCAGGGCAGGGCAGGGGUUUCUAAGCAACUGGAGGCGACGCACAUAAUCUUUGUUUAUGUCCCUGGCUCUUCCGCUCUUUCCUGACUUCCUCACUCCACCUGAAACCAAAGCGGAGGAAAAACAGACUAAUCGACUAAACCCAGAAGUCGGAUUUUCCUUGUUUCUUCCCUGUGUUCUCUGUCUCAGUAAAUGUUUAACAGCACCAUGUGUGAAAGCUCUGGCGUGCUGCUGAUGUCUCGCUCUGUGAGCAAAGUCUAAAGAGAGAGAAAAAAAAAAUGCCAUUAUCGACUGUCACUGUGCUAGAGAGGUAUCUUUCACUUUUCUUUCUUAUCAUUAGGCUUCUCUCGUUUUUCUUUUAACCUACUUUUGGACUUUAAAACAAGUCGAAUCGUCGGACUUUGGGGAAGUAACCUUAACACUGUGGCUACCAUGACAACAGAGGCGAGUGCGGUGAGCGAGGCGGACACUGAGGGCAAGCAGAAGGCCAGUGGUGCCGAGCCUGAGCCCGAGCCUGAAUCCGAGAACAAACAGAAGCCUGAGGCGAAUGCGUCUGAGCCGGAGGGGGAGCAGUCGAGCAGCCAGAAGGCCUCCGAGCCUGGGGCUGCUGACGUCGCUACCUCACCUGAGGAGGAGCAGGUGAAGCCUCGUACCCGGACCUCCGCUGGCAAAGGCCUUUCUCGCCUCUUCUCAUCUUUCCUCAAACGCCGUUCACAAUGCUCAGAGGGUGAGGGGUUUGAGGAAGAGAAAGCCAAGGAGGAAAAGGCGGACAAGGAGGAAAAAGCUGACACGGCAGAAAAAGAGAAGGUGGAAGAGGUGAAAAGUGAGGACAAGGAAGCUAAAGCAGAAGGUGAAACAUCUGAGGUCAAAGAAGAGAAAAAGAUAGAAGAGGAACCAAAAGAACAAAAAGAGGAAAAGAAGAAGGAGCCGGAAAAGGUUGAGAAGAAGGGCAGCAAAAGGAAAAAGAAAGAGGCCAAGAAGAAAGCGGAGGAGAAGACAGAGGAAAAAGUGAAAAAGGAUGAGGUGAAAAAUGAAGAGGAAACUGUGAAAGAGAAGGAAGAACCAACAGAGGAGGAGAAAGAAUUGCCUUCUGCUGAAACAAAGGAGGAACAACCAGAGACUAAAGAUGAAGAAAAUAAGCCGACUGCUGAAGUAAAAGAGAAGGAGGCAGAGGUGGAACAGAAAGAGGAGGAAAAGGUUGACAACAAGGUGACAAAGAAAAAAGAAAAAGAAGAAAAGGUAAAGAAGAAGGAAGAGGAAAAAGCCAAGAGGAAAGCAGAAGAGGAAGGAAGAGCGAAGAAGAGAGAGGAAGAGAAGGCAAAGAAGAGAGAGGAAGAAAAAUCCAGAGAGGCCGAAAAAGCCAAUAAGAGAGAGGAGGAAAAGGCCAGAGAGGCCGAAAAAGCAAAGAAGAGAGAGGAGGAAAAGGCCAGGGAGGCCGAAAAAGCCAAGAAGAGAGAGGAGGAAAAGGCCAAAAAGAAAGAGGAGGAGAAAGCGAAGGAGGAGAAAGCAAAGAAAAAAGAGGAGGAGAAAGCAAAGGAGGAGAAGGCAAAGAAGAAAGAGGAGGAUAAACCUAAGGAGUCGAAAAAAAAAGAAGAGGAGAAGGUGAAAGAAGAGGCAAAGAAGAAAGAGGAGGAAAAGGAGAAGGAGGAGGAGAAGCCAAAGAAGGAAGAGGAAAAAGGGAAGAAAAAAGAGAAGGGAAAGAUCAAAGGGAAGAAGGAGGCGAAUGGUGCCACCGAGGAGCAGGUGAAAGCACCGAUCGCUGCUCCAGAGCCGGAGCUCAAAACUGAGCAGGACAUCGAACAGGCUCCUGAUCAGCACUCGAUAAGCAGCGCAGAGCCAGCUCAGGAGGAACACAAGGAAACAGCGGCAACAAAGGAGGAGCCCGAAGCAUUGGAAGAAGGGAAGGAGGAGGCCGUGGAAAAGAAGGAGGAGGAACCAGCGGAACAGGAGAAAGAAGUUAAAAAAGAAGAGGAAACGGCUUCAGAGGUGGUAAAGAAGGAGAAGCCUGCAAAAGAGAAGAAAACAGAAGAGAAGAGUGAAGAGGCUAAAGGCCCCAAACGACAGAAAACCAUGCAAUGCAAAGUCACCUUACUGGACGACACUCAGUUUGAGUGUGAGCUUGAUAAACAUGCUAAAGGCCAGGAGCUUAUAACAAAGGUCUACGACCAUGUCAACCUGCUGGAGAAAGAUUACUUUGGCCUGGGUAACUGGGAAACCCCAACCAACAAGACAUGGUUGGAACCUGCAAAAGAGAUCAGGAAGCAGGUUUCAGGUGCUGUCUAUGAGUUUACAUUCAAUGUGAAGUUCUACCCUCCUGAUCCAGCACAGCUUACAGAGGACCUCACGAGGUACUUUCUAUGUCUCCAGCUGAGGAAGGACAUAAUGCGCGGAAUUCUUCCCUGCUCCUUUGUCACACUAUCCUUGCUGGGUUCCUACGCGGCCCAGUCAGACCUCGGGGAGUAUGACCCAGAGCUCCAUGGAGUAGAGUACGUUAAAGAUCUGAGUCUGGCCCCCGGACAGAGCAAAGAGCUGGAGGACAAAGUGAUGGAGCUGCACCGCACAUACAGGUCAAUGAGCCCCGCCCAGGCAGACACGUUGUUUCUUGAAAAUGCCAAGAAACUCGCCAUGUAUGGAGUUGACCUGCACCAAGCCAAGGAUCUGGAUGGUGUCGACAUUACACUGGGGGUCUGCUCCGGUGGUCUGAUGGUUUACAAGGACAAGCUGAGGAUCAACCGUUUCCCUUGGCCCAAAGUGCUGAAGAUCUCUUAUAAACGCAGCAGCUUCUUUAUCAAGAUCCGUCCGUCAGAGCAGGAGCAGUACGAAAGCACAAUUGGUUUUAAACUGCCCAACUACAAAGCCUCAAAGAAGCUGUGGAAAGUCUGUGUUGAAAACCACACCUUCUUCAGGGUUUCAACAGUGGAGCCUCCCUCAUCACGACGCUUCCUCGUCUUGGGCUCAAAGUUCCGGUACAGCGGGCGCACACAGGCCCAGACCCGCCAGGCGAGCUCCAUGAUCGACCGCCCAGCCCCUAGGUUCACACGCUCGGCAAGCAAGAGGCUGUCGCGUAACCUAGAUGGAGCUGGAGAUGAAACUCUCCAGUUACUCUCAGCGUCAACAAGGUCUGAGACUGAUGAUUGGUGGUCGAUGCUGGGGUCUGACAGACCUCAGCCUCCUCCUCAUUUCCCAGCCAGAGCCGAGUCUGAUCAGACCUUCAUUCAGUCCUGGGAGGAGGAGCCUUGGUCUGUUCAGACAGUCACAGUGACCCGGCAGGACACUGGUCAGACUGGUUCUCAAACCAUCAGCCAAACAGUGGAAGACGAGUGGUCUACCCAGCUGGAUCGCCAUCCUCCAUUUCCCUUUGUCCAAGCUUUUGAUUUUGUGAAAAAGCAAGCUGAGCUCAGCUUGACAAACAUGAGCCAUGUGAACCGGCUCUUGCGUCCUGCACUGAGAGAACAAGAUGAUUGGUUCCUCUAUUUUGACCGAAUCUUCAGCCUGUCUUCACUUGUUGAGAAACCAUUCUCUCCCCACGCAAAGUUCCAGAUCCAGGAUAAGGACGAGCAGGAGCUGACCAGUGAGAAGGUCAUUGAGAGGCUUCAGGAAAUGGGGACCUUGGUGGAUAAGCUGAUAGAGGCAAAUGCUUUGGAAAGGAAGCUAAGGGAAGUGAGGGAUUUGGAGGAAAGGCUCGAAGAGAUGGAUGAGAUGGCAGAGAAACUUCAAGAAGUAAUAGAGCAAGAAUUAGGGAAGGAGGAGCUAGAGAAGUUAAUAAAAGAAAAAGAGGAGGAAGAGGGUGAUGAAGAGACAGAAUUAAAAGAGGAGGAAGUGGAUGAACUGGAAGAGCAAAUCAAGCAAGUGUUUUUAAAAGGUUUGUUGCCUGAAGAGUCUGAGGUGAAGCAGGAAGCUGAAAAAGAGGUGAUGGAUGUGGGUCUGUUAGACGACAGCUUGAGAGAGACGCUACGUCAGAUAGAAAAGGAAUGGCAGGAUGAGGUGGAGGAGAAGUUUGGCCCUGCAGAUGUUGUCAGCACCACAUCUGUAGUGGCACAACAGAAGGUGGUGCGCAGGACUAAGAAGAAAGUGACUAUUGUAGAUGAGAGAGACCAAAAACAGAAAGAUGGAGUAGACGUACAGGUUCAGACUUGGGCAAUAUCAGAGGAGAGGUUAGAAAAACAAGAGAUAUGUCUUAAGACAGAUGUGCUGGAGGAGACGACGGAGAGAGAGGUUACAGAGAGGCCUCAGACUGAGGUUGAAGAUAAAGACGUCUGGUUCAUGCUCUUUGAUCGUCCUGCAGAUAAACCUCUUUACAAACCACCAGUUGUCGCUGUGGAACAAGCCCUUGUGGAAAAAGGCGAGUGUUUCAUCUCAAAGCCUGAGAUUACAGCAGUUGAGGAGAAAACAGAGAUAAUAAUAGAAGAGAGAAUAAUACGAGAAGAGCAGGAAUGGAGUGCACCCGAGAUCCCGCCACCACAUACCAUCACAGACAGAGAGGAUGACUGGUUUGUGUUGCUGGAUGUGAUUCCAAGAGAAACUCCUUACAUACCUCCAGUAUCAGUCGUCGUCAAGGAGCGAGACCAGAUGGCGGCUGAAAGUAUCUUCUCUGUGGGUGGAACUGCAGCUGAUGAGAUUAGAGAAGUAGUUGCUGAAGAGAGAAAGAUAAUAGAAGAGGCACCGAGACGUCUACAAGAAAUCGCACAAUGGCCAGUAACAGACCGAGAUGAUGACUGGUUUGUGUUGCUUGAUGUUGUUCCCAGAGAAACUCCUUUUGUACCUCCAGUCAUCUUGAAGGAGCGAGUCCCGAUGGAGGCUGAGAGCAUUGUCUCUGUGGUUGGAUCUGCAGCAGAUGAGGAAAUUAAAGUUAUGGUUGUUGAAGAGAGAAAGAUAAUAGAAGAGGCACCGACACUACAAGAAAUCGCACAGCAGCCAGUGCCUGUCAGAGAGGAUGACUGGUUUGUGUUGCUGGAUGUUGUCGCCAGAGAAACUCCUUAUGUACCUCCAGUCAUCUUGAAGGAGCGAGACCCGAUGGAGGCGGAGAGCAUUGUCUCUGUGGUUGGAACUGCAGCAGAUGAGGAAAUUAAAGUUGUGGUUGUUGAAGAGAGAAAGAUAAUAGAAGAGGCACCGACACUACAAAAAAUCGCACAGCAGCCAGUGCCCGUCAGAGAGGAUGACUGGUUUGUGCUGCUGGAUGUUGUUUCUAGAGAAACUCCUUAUGUACCUCCAGUCAUCUUGAAGGAGCAAGACCAGAUGGAGGCUGAGAGUUUUGUCUCUGUGGUUCGAACUGCAGCAGAUGAGGAGAUUAAAGUUGUGGUUGUUGAAGAGAGAAAGAUAAUAGAAGAGGCACCGACACUACAAGAAAUCGCACAGCGGCCAGUGACCGACAGAGAGGAUGACUGGUUUGUGCUGCUGGAUGUUGUUCCUAGAGAGACGUCCUAUGUUCCACCAGUUGCUGUUCGGCAGCGUGUUGAAGUGUCACCAGAAGAACGUGUCUCUCUGGUUGAAAUCACAACCAUUGAGCCGAGGGAAACUCGAGUGGAGGUUGUAGUAGAAGAUGCACAAAUAAAACAAGAGCUGAGUGAAACGGGAAUAGUUGCACGGCCAAAGGCUGUGAAAGAGGUAGAAGAUGACUGGUUUAUCCUGCUGAAUGUUCCCAUUAGAGAAGCAGCAUUUGUGCCACAAGUUACCAUGCUUCAGGUUUAUCCUGAGGAAAGCAUUUCCGAUGUGGCUGAAGUGAUAGCAGUGGAGUCCAAGAAGGAAGUUGGGAUUGAUGAUAUUGUGAUGCAAAAAGAAGAAAAGAAGCUGCCCAUGCAAUUCAUUUCAGAGCUGAAAAUAUCUCAGCCUGUGAGAGCGAGAGAUGACGACUGGUUUCUGCUGCUGGAUGUUGUUCCCAGAGAAACUACAUAUGUGCCUCCAGUUUCUCUGGCAGUGCCGAGCCAUCUUUAUCCAAGUGUUGAAACUCAGGUUGAAGUGAAAAGCAUAGAGAAGAAGGUGCAACAGGUAGAACUUCACCAGAUUAGACCGCAGCCGUCCCGGCCACAGCCAGAGAGGGACGCCUGGUUUGUGCUGUUCGAUGCUAUUCGUGAAGAAACAGUCGGGAUACCAGCAGUUUCCCCUGUUGAGAUUAUUCUGGAUGUGAGAAAGACGUUUGAGGUUGAGGUGACAACCACAGAGACUAGAGCAUGGAAGAAGAUAAUUGGUGUGGACAGCAGACAAGAUAAGACACGUUUGUCUGAAAUUAGACCAAUCCAAGUGGCAUCGCCGUCACAGAGGGAAGGCGGAGAUGAUUGGUUGGUCCUGUUCGACAUCGUCAAAGAAAAACCUGUUUUCGUACCACCAGUUGCUGUGGUUGAGCAUGCUGUUGAUGUUGUUGCUGGGAGAAAGGUGGAGGAUGCUUUGUUUAUUCCUCUGGAUCAGACCCCUAAGAAAUCAGUUGCUGCGGUUGAGCAUGUUGUCACUGUUGUGGGAACCACUGAAAGAAAGGUGGUCGAUGAUUGGUUUAUUCUUCUGGAUUUGACCCCUAAGAAAUCAGUUGCUGUAGCUGAACGCACCCAGCUCCCAGCAGAGGUCAGAGUUCCAUCUGCUGUAGCCAAAAAGAAGGUCACUAUUUGUGAGAGGAGACCUCGGUUCGAGGAACGGAUCCUGGAGGAAAGACUUCCGCUCAUAAAGACACAUGUCAAUGAGGAUUGGUUUGUUCUUCUAGAUGUUGACCGCAAAAAGUCAGUGGUGAUCACUCAGAGGGGUACCCGUCCUGUCAGCGCUCCGGUCUUCUCUCAGGCUGCUCUGGCCGAGGCAGGGAUCCCCAUGGCCCCCUUCGAGCAGCCCCAGACCUCCACUCCUAUGAAAACCAGCCGCCAGGACGAGAGAAAGCUGGAGGUCACUGUAGAAGCUGUGGAGCCCUCAAAGUUUGAGGAGGUGACUGAGGUCAAGCCAGCAGCGUGGAGGGACCAGGGAGAAGUAAACUCUUCACUGAUAUCCACCAUCAAUGGGGACAUUCAGCACGAGUCAGAGGUCACUAGCACGGAGGUGGUGCGAAUGCGAAAGAAAAGAGCAAAGAAAAUUGAGGGUGACUCAAUUUAUAUCAGACAUAGCCUUUUAAUGUUGGAGGAGUUCGAUAAGCCUCAGGAAGAGCUGAUCAGGCAUCACGCCAGCAUCAGUAAGCUAAAGAAGAACUUCAUGGAAGCUGUCCCGGACUCCAGGCCCAGUGAGUGGGACAAGCGUCUGUCCACACACUCUCCGUUCCGCACCCUGGGUAUCAAUGGUCAACCUCUGCCCGGAGCAGAUGGGAGUUUGUUCAUUAGUUCCCUUUGCAAUGGUUCAGAGAAAGAGGAAACCAGCAGCAGUUUGGGCUCAUCAGGCGCAUGCAGGCCCGCUGUGUGCCUCAAGAGGGAGCCUGAUAGUGUCGAAGCCCACGGUACUCCUGUUGAGGAAGACUCAUGUGAUCAAGAUGGUGUUGUAGUUUUUGAGACUUCCUUGGUGCCCAUCCUAGAGGAGGAGAAGGCCCAGUUGCCUGCCUCCCUCGAGCCCGGCUGUAAAGCUUUAGAUGAGACCCAGGAGGAAGAAGGAUCAUGUCCUGCAGUGUUGGAGCGCGCUGGGAGGAUAGUCGGAUCUGCCCCGGCCUCCUAUUUCAGGAGCCAUGGUCCACAGGUCAUACGUUGCUUCCAGCCCCCUCUGGUGCAGACCCAGACAGUCACCAUCACAGCUGCCUCCAUCUCCUUACCCACCGGCAUCUCCACCACAGAGGUCCCUAUCGUCCCGACCAAGACCUUCACCUAUGAGUCUUCAAAGGUGACAGUUGAUGGGGCAGACGAGGACAAAGACAGCACAACGGUGUCCAGCUCCCAGACCUCAGAGACCCCUAGUGGCACCACAGUCACCACCACUACCACUCACAUCUCAAAGGUCGUGAAAGGAGGAUCCUCAGAGACUCGUGUGGAGAAGAGGAUCGUCAUAACUGCAGACUCUGACAUGGAGCAAAAUAAGAAGAAACAUGGCGGAGCUUCAGCAUUGUAACUGAAUCACCACUUUCAUUUAUUCCUUGGACUCUCCACGUCCGCCCCCCCGUGAUCGGAGUGCAGCGAUCAGCACGCACUGACCAGCUCUAUCUACGCACACAAAUACCCCAAAAGAAAUAUCUCACACAUCUGCAACUAAAUCUAAUAACUUGAGUAGACGAAAUGUUUGUUGAAUCUUUUUUUUUUUUCAGUCGGAAUGCUCAUUGUAGGUAGACGGCGGCAGCACAGAUGUUCAGUUCUUGUUAAAUGCUUUUCCUGAUGUUCGAAGAAUACGCUUAGCAAAUACACUUCUGUUGGUUGAAAGACAACAUUUUCAGUUAUGUCAUCUCAGUUCUGUUUGCUUUUAAACGCUUUUAAUUUCCUAGUUGUUUUUAAAUUGUUAAUUUUAUACAAACGCACUGUCGCCAUGCUAGUUUAGACACAGUUUCCAGCAUUUAUCCCCUUGGUGCUGCGAGGGAACGUUAAGACUACAUUCAAGGUAACUCUUGCUGUUUGCUGGUCUAUUUAAUUCAGGGGAGACCUUUUUUUUUUUUUAUGAAAUGACAUACCUCACAUUAAUAUGUGAACAAAGAUAUUCUGUGCUUUGGACAGUUUGUUCGCUUUGUUCACUGCUCAGGUACAAAAACGAAAACCUAAAAUAUUUUCUUUUUCCAAACCAGCGAAGGAAACGGUAGCCUACACAUUGUAAAGUUUGAAUUACAAAUUGAUCUAUUUUGAAAUAUUUCUCUAUUUUAUAGAAUUGAUGCUUUUAUAGUAUUUGUACAAAUGAGGUUUUUAAGUUAUUCAUAUCCAUCUUCUCAUGAAAUUGUAGGUUGCCAAUGUGCUGUUUACCGAAUCUUAAGUCUUGCCUGACGCCCUGAAUCAUUCUUAUUCGUUUCCUCUUGUAGUCCACCAAGUUUAUCAAACCUUUUCACAAUUUUCGUGUGACAAUGGAGUGCUUCCCACAGCCAUGUUUUAUUCAGUAGCAUAGAAGUCAUAACUGCUUUCAAUAUAUUUGGUUGAUUUAAAAAAAAAGAAGAAGAAAGUCUGUUUAUCUCAGGUUUUGAUAUUCUUUGUAAGACUACAGACCUCCAUGACUAUGUGGAAUGUCCAUAUAUGUAUAUCCAUCCCUGUUACCCUACCUACAUGUACAUUUAUGUUCAGCUGAGUGAGGUCAAUUAAUAUAAAAGCUUGUCUUUCACGGUAAACACAUGUAUAAGAGGUGAAGGCAGCUGUCCCUGUAUAUGUGGCUUUUCUCUCAUAGGAGCACAAGUUGUCUUUUUUACAUGUUCUACUAUACAGUAAUUUAUUUGUAAAGUAGGAAAUGUUUCAUGUGAGUUGAUGUACUGUGAUGUUUCAACACAAGCUGGUUUCCACUGAAGAUGUCACAAUGUUAAAUAUUCCAUUCAUUAUCAACCAAGUUUGUAAAAGCCUUUUUACCAUAUACUCUUAGUAGAUUUGCUCUCUCACUUGCUGUUAUCCUGGAUCUUUCCAUAGAGGUGGAAAUACUUUAAAAAUAUACGGAUCCCUUUUUAGAUAGAAUGUUUGUUAGCAAACUUUUUUUUUAAACCAAAAAAGAAGUUAUUGUAGUUACAUGGACAACAACAGCAAACUCCCCUGGAAGAAAUUGUAGAAUUCCACUUGAAGAAAUUUAGUUUUUAGAUGAUGGAAAAUAUUGUUGCUUUGUGACUUAUCCGUCUUUUUAUGAAAAAAAAUAAAAUAUGCAUUAUUUUGCA